AUGGCUGAGACUGCCGCCAUCGCGUCGAUCGUUGGUAUAGCAAGCUUCGGCAUUCAACUUACUGGGGCACUCUAUCACUUCGGCUCGAAUGUCACCAGCGCCAGGGAGGAAACGAGCUAUAUUGCCCGCCACGUUGACCUCUACGCUAAUGUCCUUGAUCUCUUGAUGGAGCGAAUCGAACAGGAUAAGCCCGAACCGCUUCCGCCCGUCAAGAGACCCAAAGACGGCGUUGCAUUCAUUCAGAAGCUAAAGUGGAACUUUACAAAGCCCAAAGUUGCGCUCCUUGUGCGAGAGCUUGACCACUUACGCAGCAUAGUUCACCUUUUGGUGACGAUCAUCUUCACAGGCAGCAAAAUUCGCUCUUACAGGCCAGAUCUGUUGCAGCUAUGGACCGCGGUGGACAAUUUGGAGCCUAAAGACUCCGAUGAACAGGCUGAAGCAGCAGUUGAACAAAGAUCUAUAGCGUCAAGUCGCUUGAUCGAAUACAACCACAGUGUCGCAUCUCUAGCAUUGCCUCAUAGAGACAACGCGCCCACGGCUUCUUCUUCGGAAGAAACUCGUCACGCUACGCAAAUCGGAAGCCAAAGCCCCAGUUAUCCGCCAUGGAAGGGAAUGUUGGAUUUUUCGGUCGAGCAGUUGGUUGAUGAUCCAUGGAAGGAUGUCCACAACGGGCUUUCACGGCCAUCCCCCAACACCCCUAUAACCCUAUACUUGACCGAAAAGGUUGAUUUAUACCGAGAGAUUCCCAGAUGCAUCAAAGAAACCUUGUACAGUCUUCAGAACUUGAACAUCAGCUUGCCUCGACAAAAGAGGGCGUGGGCUGACAAAGAGUUUGAAAAGCUUGCAGCAGCCAUGUGGUAUUUGAUCGAUCAGAACACCGGUCUCAAGAAGGAGGUUGCCAUAGCUGAGCGCAGACUCAUUUUCAGGGGCGAGCGCAUUGUAACCUAG